AUGGCAAGGCAUCGAAAUAGUCCUUCUCCUUCUAGCUCUGGUCAUGAUGACGAGCAGUCUGCUGAUGAAAAAGAAGAAGUUCAGCAUGACGAUUCUAUAAGAGGUAAUACACCUCUUCGUUAUUUAACUCCUAUUGAACACAUUAACGACAAGGUUCCAACUCCUCCUCCAUCUCCACCGACGUCUACUGUUCAAGUUUCGGUUGCUCCUAUUCCACCGCCGGUUUCUUCUCAACCAAUUUCAUCAACUCCUUCAACUCAACCUGCUACUACUGUUUCCCCACCUCCACCUGUUAGCACAAUACCAAUAUCUACAACUCCACUCCGACCUCCAAUUUUCUCUCAAGCCGCUUCUACUACUACCCCAAUCACUACAACUUCACCUAACUCUCCAGUAAUAGUCAACGUAUCUGAUACGGGGGCUAAUACUGAAAUCGACACCCCUGUUACACCCAAACCUCUUUCACCCUCACCCUCAAGUGAUUCUGCUCCUACUCUCGGCGGUGAUAAUUUUGAGUUUGACUCAACUUAUUACAGUCCUUACAGACUUCCCUCUGAUGAAGAUAAUGAAGCUUUGGUUACACAGCAACAACUGCAGGAUUCAAUUGAUAAAUCCACCAAAGCGGUUGAUGAUUCCACGUCCCUCUACAAGAAAGCGACAACCGAUGUGGAGGACCUUAUUCAAGAUUCUAAGAUCUUUCUUGAUUCCCUUAAGGGCCAUGCUGAUACGAAUGCAGCUAAGGUAAAUGACACGAUUGAUUCUCUCUCUCAAUCUCUUUAUGCAGAGGAAGCAAAAUUUGAUACAGUUCGGUCUGAAAUUCAAACCGAGAACCAUUCUCUUAAUAUGUCAGUUAAUUCUCGCUUGGAAAAGCUUCACGCUGAUUUGGCAAUGGAAAAUAAAAUAAUGGAUGAUCUGGCUCGCAAAACUACUCAGAUUGAAGUCCAGAAAGUUCAACUUUCUCAGGUGGAUAAUAGAUUGCUUCAUUGA